UGAGGAGGUGAGCAAAACCUUGGACAGAGGGGUGGCUGUGGGCAUGGUAUACAUGGACAGAGGGGUGGGCGGUGGCAGUGGACGUGGUAUACUUGGACAGAGGGGGUGGCGGUGGACAUGGUAUACUUGGACAGAGGGGUGGCGGUGGACGUGGUAUACUUGGGCAGAGGGGUGGCGGUAGACAUGGUAUACUUGGACAGAGGGGGGUGGCGGUGGAUGUGGUAUACUUGGACAGAGGGGUGGCUGUGGGCAUGGUAUACUUGGACAGAGGGGUGGCGGUGGACGUGGUAUACUUGGACAGAGGGGUGGUGGUGGGACGUGGUAUACUUGGACAGAGGGGUGGCGGUGGACAUGGUAUACUUGGACAAGAGGGGUGGCAGUGGACGUGGUAUACUUGGA